UCCUUGUUUCAGUUUAAUCUAUAAAAUAUUUUUGAGUUUGUAAUGAUGAUGAGAGGAUGAUUUCAAGUUCAAGAGAAAAGGGUUGUUUUCAAGCAAAGCAAGAAGGUGAGAUCAACGGCCGUGACGGAAGCAAGGUCUCGAAGGUUCCAUCAAGUUCGAGGCAGUGGUCGGGGUUUCGCAAUCCGAGGAUCGUCCGAGUGUCGCGUUCUUUUGGCGGUAAAGAUCGGCAUAGCAAAGUUUGUACGAUAAGGGGACUAAGAGACCGUCGGAUUAGGCUUUCUGUGCCGACUGCGAUUCAAUUAUAUGAUCUGCAAGAUCGGCUGGGCCUUAACCAGCCUAGCAAAGUUGUGGAUUGGUUGCUUGAAGCAACUAAAGAUGAUAUUGACAAGCUCCCACCACUUCAGUUUCAUCCGCCGCUGAUGGCCAACAAUCCAUCCCAAUCAUCUUCUUUUGCUCCUUUUUUGGAUCCAAAUUCGAUGUUCAUGAAAGAUUGGGGAGGGGAAGAUGAUGAAGAAGAUCAUCAAUGCAUGGGGUUUGAAGAGAAAAACAUGCAGGUUGAAAGGGAAAAUAUGGAAGAUACCAAGGGAAAAUGGAUCAAAGAGCAAGAAAAUCAAAUUUUCCCAUUGACCAAUCAUGGCCCGGCCUUACCUGGAUUGUUAAACAAUGGGACAUCCAAUUCUUUGCCUUCAAACACUUACAAUAACUAUCACUGGGAGCCUUAUUCAAAUCUAUCACUGUCCUCGUUUCAGUUCGGAAGCCACGGAUUCCAUCCCCAUCCGGAAAAUUACUUCAACGGCAACGCCUGUCCGCCGUUAAAAUCGGCACAUUUCGUCUCACCACAGCUAUUUUUCGGCGCAACGUCGCUUUUUCCGACAUAUCCUUCAUAUGGGACAACGACUACAGGUCUCAGUCAAACACAAAAUGAUGAUCAAAGUCAUGCAGGUGAGGAUCAUAAUACUGAUUAGUUUCCUCAAGGGUUUAUAGAUUGGUU